CUUGAGCUAGCAAAACAAAAUGUCAUAUUUCAAGCACACUUCUCCAUCUUAACGGUUUUCUUGUCAUCUGGUUUACAUGUCAUGUCUGUGUGUUUGUCUUUGAAAAAGAAAAGCGAAGAAAAGCAGAUGGUUUCUUCGUCUAAUCCUAGAAGCACAGGACUAGAAACCUACUUUAUUGUUUAUUCCAUCUUUUUUCAUGUCCCCUCCCUCUCCCCCUGCUAUAUAAGAGCCUGACAUUCCCCUUCUGUUGCAUUCAUUCUCCAACUCGUCAUUCGAUUUGUAUCCUGUCGUCCUUGUUCGUUUCUUUACCUUUUUUUUAUCUCAUCAUCUCCAUAUCAUUAUUCAAUCAUCAUUCCCCUUCGGAAUUCCAUCAUGGAGACUGUUGAGUUGAAGGUGGAGAUGGUUGGCAUACACGAGAAAAGACUGAGGAAAUGCCUGUCAAAAUUGAAAGGGAUAGAGAAAGUGGAAGUGGAUGUUAAUAGUCAGAAAGUGGUGGUCACAGGAUAUGCACAUAGGAACAAAAUACUUAAAGCCAUCAGAAGAGGAGGUCUUAAAGCUGAUUUCUGGUCUCCCCAAAACGAGCUUCUCAGUGUUUAUGCCAGUGCAAGUUAUGGAAGCUUGAGAUUCAACAACGUCAACUUCUUCUAAGACUAUUUUAUUUUGCUUCUUUCUCUAUUAAUUAUUCCUUCCUCUUUUUUCUUUUUUUUCUCUUUAACCCCUGAAGGGGAUGAUCAUAUACCAAGGUUGUGAUUCGUGCCUGUAUUUUUUUUCCCUUUCUGAUUCCCCUUCUACCUUUUCUUUUUCAAAGGAAGUCUUACAUGUUGAAUGAUGAUAGUAUACACAGAGUGAAAUAGAAGAAUCCUAAAUUUUGCGGAGCCA